AUGAUCAGCGGUGGGUAUCGAUUCUUGGGGCAGUAUUCAGUGCGGCGACACUGGUCGUCUCGCGUGAGUAUCAUGGACCCAUCCGUCUCGACCACUGACCGAUCGCUUUCCUCGGCAGCUCUCACCUGGUUAUUGAUCGAUCGGGUCGAUUCCCUGCGAUGGCCGUUCAUGGUCGGUUUGAUCGUCCUCACUGGCGCGACGGCUUUGCUCUGUGUCGGGACUCACAUCGCGCUCUGGAUCACCGGUCGCCUGCUGCAGGGUGCAGCCAGCGGGGUAGUGUGGACGGUAGGCACUACGCUCUUGCGAGAGAGCGUGGGGGAAGAAGGUCUCGGGCAAGCGUUUGGCUACAUUGGACUGGGGAUGAUUCUUGGGGGGAUCGCCGGUCCGCUGCUGGGCGGUGCACUGUAUGAGCAUGCCGGCUAUUACGCGGUGUUCGGGCUGGCAUUUGCGUUUCUCGGGCUCGACAUGCUGUUCCGGAUCAUUCUGGUCGAGGCGAAGCCCGCACUGAACGGGUCCGAGUCCCGCGGCGAAGCACCGGAAGGGCAAGUGCCCGCGCAUCCGACCCCGGGGGAAGAUGCCAAGCCGCGGAGUCCCCAGGUCGAUAAUACGCGUGCAUCCCAGACGCUGCCCCCAGACUCCGAAGCAGUCUCGGCUCUCUUGGCUUGUCCCCGCGUCUGGGUGGUUCUGUGGGGCUACAUGGUGACUGCUAUGAUCAUGACCGCGUUCGACAGCGUCCUGGCGCUGUUUGUCCGGGAGCGGUUUGGCUGGAACCAAUCGGCUCAGGGGCUAGUGUUUCUGUCCCUAUUUAUCCCACAGCUGCUCAAUCCGGUGGUUGGUAUGAUGCGCGACAGGUACACCCGGGCCGGCCGCUACAUGGUGAGCGGGGCUUUUGCCAUCGGCUGCCUGUCCUUGACCCUUCUGCGCCUCGUAGUGGGCGACUCUGUGGGAUCCAAAGUACUUCUCUGUACGUUGCUCGCUGUCGUCGGUCUCUCUGUUACGUUCUCGAUGACGCCGUUAUUUGUGGAGAUAUCGGACAUGGUGCGCGACAUGGAGAAAAAGGAUUCGGGGAGGCUGAACCAGGCAGCCGCGACGGCGUUGAGCUAUGGGCUCAUGAACUCAUCUUGGUCUGCGGGAUCUCUUGUUGGGCCAUUUCUGGCCGGGUUUAUCAAAGAUGCUGCCGGCUGGAAUACGAUGGCUUGGGUGCUGGGACUGGUGGUUGGCGUGUCGGCUGUUUUGGUCCUAUUGGUCAUGGGAGAAAGCUGGCUGUUGCCCACCUGUCGGUCCGCAGCAUUGUGCCAGAAUGAAGUGAUAGAUGGGGUCCAUGUUUAG